AUGUUGGAUACACUGCAUUCCCUCGCCAAGCGAGUCUACGUUGCGGUCACAGCAGCGACGACUCAGAAAGAGCAGAAUGAGAUGGAUCGAGAUUCAUUCCGUAAGGCUGGCAAAUACGGUUAUGGAUUUGUUUACUUUGCCGUUGUGUUGCUGGUCAUCACAACACUCAUUCGACUCUACCAUAACUACAGUGACAAGGUUCGGAUAAUCUUGUAUAAAGAGAGCAAUCCACAGACCUUCCAUGGAUCCUCGACACCGGACGAAUAUGAACUUCCUAGUGCAGGCACGGAUUCCUCGAGUGCGCAUUUCUUCCCAUUUCCAACGGCAUCGCCAACAACACAACGACGCGAAUCUCUCGUUCAAAGAUUUAUCCGGUUAAACAAAGUGAUUGCAUUCUUCAGAUGGAUCUUCUACAGGCCUAUUCCCACUUUGUACAUUGGGGGUAUGCACUUCGUCUUCCCCUCUCUAGCAGUGGUGAGCAUUGUGCUUAUUGCAUUUGCCUUUGUGACGCUGUAUUGCUUCGUCCCGCAGCCAUUAUACUACUACGACAUUGCUCUGGGCUCACCACCACUUGCGAUCCGGGCAGGUAUGCUUGCUGUUGCCAUGAUACCAUGGAUUGUCGCGCUCGCUACCAAAGCCAACUUUAUAAAUAUGGUAACGGGGCUAGGCCAUGAGCGACUCAAUGGACUACAUCGCUGGCUAGCUUAUAUCUGUCUUUUCCUUUGUCUGGUCCACAUGAUCCCGUUCUAUGUCACGCCAAUUUGGACGGGUGAUGCUCUGAUCAAUUAUCGGAACUGGGUGCCUAAGGGGAUUUAUUAUUACGGAAAUGGGUGGGCCGCAUUGGCACCUCUGCUUGUUCUUUGCAUUCAUUCCCUUCCCUUUCUACGACACCGGAUGUAUGAGUUCUUCGUGAUGGUUCACCUGCCUGUGUCCUGGAUCUUCGUGGCAAUGAUGUUCUGGCAUAGCAAGAAUUACCUUAAAUCAUGGGCUUAUCUAUGGACGACGCUGGCAAUCUGGGUUUGCACCUAUCUCAUUCGACUAGUCUACCAGAACUGGUCCAACCCUUUUCGGACAUCCUCAUUCAUGAUUGGAGAAGAGUGCGCUGUGACCCUGCUGCCUCAAAACGCUGUCAAGGUGACGAUUCCCACUAAGAUGCGCUGGAAGCCUGGGCAGUACGUUUACCUUCGGUUGCCUAGCAUUGGCUUUUUUGAGAGCCAUCCUUUCACCAUUGCUUCCCUUUGCAGCGAUGAUUUCCCCUCCGCUUAUGGCGAGGACUAUCGCGACAUGACACUGGUGUUUCGACCAUUCAAAGGGUUCACUCGUAAAGUGGUGCACAAGUCCAUAGAAAGAGGUCCAUUCAAGACAUACACCGCAUAUCUCGAGGGACCUUAUGGUGGCAUGCAACGUGAUAUGGCAGCAUUCGAUGAUGUGGUCUUCUUCGCUGGUGGAAGUGGAAUUACCGCGAUUGCAAGCCAACUGCUAGAUCUUAUCAAGCGAAUCCGGGAUGGAAAAGCUGUGACAAAAUCAAUCAAAGUGAUCUGGGCGCUACGAUCUCCAGAGACCAUGGAGUGGUUCUCAGAGGAACUGCGUAUCUGCCGUGAUAGUGCCCCAGCGAACCUCGUCUACUGUCACUUCUUCCUAACCGGCAUGGAAGAAGCAGAUCAAGCAGGCCGCGACCUGAUUCAAGAAAAGAUUUACAGCAUGCUGCAGGGCAUCGAUAAACGAAACUCAACUUAUAUUCGGGAGGAAGCUGAAGGCGACACGGAACGAGAGAAGGAGCUUCGCCGGGAAAACGAGGACGGACUAGCUGCGUUGCCAGGUGUUUACAAUUCUCCUCACAUCGCUAGCAGUCGGCACUAUAUCCCAAAUCUCCGAAUCCCGAGUCCCAAAAAGUCAAGUUACAAUGCUGGAUUCGACUUCGGGUUUGGAAACUUGACACCUGUGUCACAGAAACAAUUAACACCGCGCUAUGCGUCUUAUAAUCCUGCAUAUCGCAGGGAGACUUGGAAGACGGAUUACUUCCGACCAAAUGUCUCAAAGAUGCUGACUGAAUUCUCUCAUAGCUUUGGUCGGCGUGCUUGUAUCUUUGUCUGUGGUCCUCCGAGUCUACGUGUUGAAGUUGCCAGGACUGUGGCUAGGCUGCAGAUGAAGGUGAUGACCGAUUCUUCUAAAGAUGAGAUCUUCUUACAUGCGGAGAACUAUAAUCAUUAA